GGCAUCGGGCUCCAGGGGGGCUGCGGCCGGGGAGGGCGCCGGGACGUGGGGAGGGCGGGCUGUGGGCAGGAGGGCGCCCGGCGCUCCGGGGAGUGGGUGAGCUGCGCUGGGGUGCCCGCGGAGUUUGAGGGUUCGGGCUGCGCUCCAGCUCGGGAUGCAGGGGUGUGGUCCGGAGGGGACCUGGGACCCACCCGAGAGGCGCCCGCCCAGAACCGCAGUCCCCGCCUGGCCGGGACAGCCGGGACAGCACGCUCCCGCGCACAGGGACCUGCGGUGACCCGGACCGCGCAGGUUUCUCCAGUGCAGAACGAGCCCCCGAGGCCUGGGGAAGAGGAGCCAGUCUCUGGGUUUCACAUAGGGACUGCUCCGCUUCAGCCUUCAGGGAGGAGGAUAAGGCUGCUGCCAGGCAAGGCCUUUCAAGCCCUGACCCCGCUCACAGCCUGUGUCUGCCCCCACCAGCAUGAGUGCGUCUCCAUUCACGUGGGCCAGGCUGGGGUGCAGAUGGGCAACGCCUGCUGGGAGCUCUACUGCCUGGAGCACCACAUCCAGCCCGAUGGCACCAUGCUCAGCAGCAAGAGCCUGGGAUACAGAGAUGACUCCUUCAACACCUUUUUCACUGGGACAGAGGCUGGCAAGCACGUGCCCCGGGCUGUCUUUGUGGACCUGGAGCCCACAGUCAUAGAUGGGGUAAGAACUGGCGCUUAUAGGAAGCUCUUCCACCCUGACCAACUGAUAUCUGGCAAGGAGGAUGCUGCUAACAACUAUGCCUGUGGCCACUACACUGUGGGGAAGCAAAUCAUCGAUUUGGUGAUGGAGCAAAUCCGAAAAGUGUUCGGGCUCUACCCGAGGCCUCAUCAAGGGGCAGCGCCGGGAAACAGGGCUCCCGGCCACAGGGGCUGUCGCUGUGCGGUGGCCUUCCACACGGGCUUGGCCACCGUGUGGGGCACAGUUUACAGAGGCCGCGUGCCUUUCAGGCCAGGAAAUCCGUACCCUUUUCUCCGAGGCGUGCGCAGUGAGGAAGUGUGGACUGCUCCUGGUGGACCAACUCCUGGUUCCUCUAGUACUUGA